GGCAGCAGUGCAGGAUUCAGUCCUUUUUGCCACCUCUCGUCCACCACAGUCAUGAGGAUCCAGAUUGUGGUCCUUGUGGUUAGCUUGGCCGCCUGCGGGCUGGCGGACAAGCUGCCUUCCUCUGGGGGCUCCACUCAGGUACUCGCUCGAACAGUCAGUGUCAAAACACCAGAUAGAGUCUCGAACGUCAUCUCACAUUUCACCCCUGCCGACCACCGAUACGAAGCAACCGGGAGUGUUGUCAUUGACAGGGCUCCGUCAGCAACUUCGGCGGCAAGUUUGCCUCGGGCAUCUGUCAAGCCUCCGAGUCCAUCACCGGCGCAAACUUACGGCGCUCCGUCCAGUCCAGUUCCUGCAGCCAGGGCAUCUUCUCCCUCAGCUUCCAAAUUAGCUCUCACCCGCACCGUUUCAGUCAAGACCCCUGAGAGAGUCUCCAAUGUUAUCUCUCACUUCACUCCUGCAGACCAUAGGUACGAUGCCACUGGAUCUGUCGUCAUUAACAGAGGUUCGUCACAUCAAGCUUCUUUAGCAACUCAAGCAUUCCUCAGCGGGUCCGGUGCACGAAGUAUUCAAGCUGCUCCAGUUCGAUCUGUUCCUGCUCCAGCUGCCCCUGCUCCUGCUCCAGCUGCUCCAGUUAGAGUAUCAGCACCUGCUGCUUCUCAGUUAGCUCUCAAGCGCACUGUCUCGGUCAAGACCCCAGAGAGAGUCUCCAAUGUUAUCUCUCACUUCACUCCAGCAGACCACCGGUACGAUGCCACUGGAUCGGUCGUCAUUACAAGAGGCUCAUCAGCUCAAACGUCUUCAGCAAGUCAAGCUUUCCUCAGCGGAUCCGGUGGUCGAAAGGUUCAAGCUGCUCCUGCUGCCCCAGCCCCAGCUGCUCCAGUUCGUGUUUCAGCACCUGCUCAAGCCGUCUUUGUUGCUCGACCUGCUGUUUCUGCUUCUGCCUCGCAGUUAGCUCUCAAGCGCACCGUCUCAGUCAAGACCCCAGAGAGAGUCUCCAACGUUAUCUCUCACUUCACUCCAGCAGACCACAGGUACGAUGCCACUGGAUCGGUCGUCAUUACAAGAGGCUCAUCAGCUCAAACUUCUUCAGCAAGUCAAGCUUUCCUCAGCGGAUCCGGUGCACGAAGUAUUCAAGCUGCUCCUGCUCCAGCUGCUCCAGUUCGAUCUGUUCCUGCAGCCCCUGCCCCAGCUCCAGCUGCUCCAGUUAAAGUUUCAGCACCUGCUCAAGCUGUCUUUGCUGCUCGACCUGCCGCUUCUGCUUCUGCUUCUCAAUUGGCUCUCACCCGUACCGUCUCCGUCAAGACCCCAGAGAGAGUCUCCAAUGUUAUCUCUCACUUCACUCCAGCAGACCACCGGUACGAUGCCACUGGAUCUGUCGUCAUUACUAGAGGUUCAUCAGCUCAAACGUCUUCAGCAAGUCAAGCUUUCCUCAGUGGAUCCGGUGCACGAAGUAUUCAAGCUGCUCCUGCUCCAGCUGCUCCAGUUCGAGUUGUUCCUGUGGCCCCUGCCCCAGCUGCUCCAGUUCGAGUUUCAGCACCUGCUCAAGCUGUCUUUGCUGCUCGACCUGCUGCAUCUGCUUCAGGAUCUGCCUCUCAGUUGGCUCUCACCCGCACCGUCUCCGUCAAGACCCCAGAAAGAGUCUCAAAUGUUAUCUCUCACUUCACUCCUGCAGACCACAGGUACGAUGCCACUGGAUCUGUCGUCAUUACUAGAGGCUCAUCAGCUCAAACUUCUUCAGCAAGUCAAGCUUUCCUAAGCGGGUCCGGUGGUCGAAAGGUUCAAGCUGCCCCUGCUCCAGCUGCUCCAGUUCGAGCUGCUCCUGCCCCAGCUCCAGCUGCUCCAGUUCGUGUUUCAGCACCCGCUCAAGCCGCCUUUGCUGCUCGACCUGCUGCUUCUGCCUCUCAGUUGGCUCUCAAACGCACUGUCUCCGUCAAGACCCCGGAGAGAGUCUCCAAUGUUAUCUCUCACUUCACUCCUGCAGACCACAGGUACGAUGCCACUGGAUCUGUCGUCAUUACAAGAGGCUCAUCAGCUCAAACUUCUUCAGCAAGUCAAGCUUUCCUCAGCGGAUCCGGUGGUCGAAAGGUUCAAGCUGCUCCAGUUCGAGCUGCUCCUGCUGCCCCAGCUCCAGCUGCUCCAGUUCGAGCUGCUCCAGCUCCUACUCAAGCCGUCUUUACUGCCCAACCUGCUGCUGCUGCUGCUGUUGCUGCUUCAGGUUCUGGUUCUCAAUUGGAUCUCACCCGAACUGUUUCUGUCAAGUCGCCAGAGAGGGCCUCUAAUGUUAUCUCGCACUUCACUCCCGCAGAACAUAAGUACGAGGCCACUGGAUCUGUCACUAUUUCCAAAUCUGCAGGUGGAUCUGGUCGACUGUCGUCUGCAGGUGCUUCCAGGCUCUCAUCUAGUGCCUUUGGCCUAGCAUCAGGGGGUGGCAGCGGUCAGUCGUAUGCUAGUGCCAGUGGGCAAGCAUCAGGCAGUGGCUAUGGACAGGUGUCAACUAGCUCAAGCAGACAAGCAUCAGCCUCAUCUUCAUCUCAGACAGCAGAAUUUCAACGCUCGCAGGCGGCAGCAGCAGCAGCAGAAGAAUUACAACGUUCCCAGGCAGCUGCAGCUGCAGCAGCAGAAUUUCAACGCUCCCAGGCAGCAGCAGCAGCAGCAGCGGCAGCAGCAUCUAGACGUUCUCAGGCCGCAGCAGAAACAGCAGCAGCGGCAGCAGAAUCCAGGCGAUCUCAGGAAGCAGCAGCAGCAGCGGCAGCAGCAGCAGCAUCCAGGCGUUCUCAGGCAGCAGCAGCAGCAGAAACAGCAGCAGCAUCCAGGCGGUCUCAGGAAGCAGCAGCAGCAGCAGCAGCAGCAUCUCAACGUUCUCAGGCGUCAUCAUCAUCAUCUUCAUCCUCGGGAUCAUCUCAGUCCUUCACAUACCGUCUAGCCGCUCCAUAUGAGGGAGGAAGCUCCGUUUCUUCGGCUGAUCUGUUGGCCGAGUUGGAGGCGUUCAGAGCCGAUGCAGCUAGAUCCGGCGUUAAAAUUACUCAGGAUGCCCGAACAAGACAAGCUGACAGUACAAGCGGCUCAGACCCAUACAGCUUCAGCGUGCGAGUGGAGGAUCACGACACCACAAAUUACCAGAGUCGAGAUGAGUGGGUGGGAGCUGAUGGCAUUACCUAUGGCUGGUACACUGUCUUGCUCCCUGACGCCUACUUAUACAACUACUCCUACAUUGCUCACCCUGUUAAAGGCUACCAGGUGAAGGUGACCCGCAAGGACUCUGGUGUCGCCCUCAAGCCCGUCGAAGCAGACAUCUUUGCUCCAGCAACGAUCUUCUCGAACCAGGGUAUCACCCGACUUGCUGACUUCGCAGUUUCCGGAGUCAACAACGAUUACGAAUCCGAAGAAAACAUGAACUUUGAUGAGAGUGCUUCGAUCACUUUUGCCAACUCUUUGGCAGAGGCUGAGAAAGUUACGAGGUCACAGUCUUCGUCGUCCAGGCCAGCAGUUUCUCUAGGCCCUGCUAGUCACUUGUGCGGCUUCCGAAUUGUUCGUGAAUAUGGCACUGCCGGCUCACGCACUCUCCCUAUACCUUCAGGCUCAAUUCUAUGCGGCUUCGGUCAGUCGGAUGGUCAACGCUCUGCUGUAUCCAAAGCAUUUGCUAGUGGAGCCUCCGCUGGCUCUGAUGUUCAGAGCUUGAAGACUUCAGGGAGCAGCUUCUCUUCAAAACAAGAAUCAGGUUCGGGGUCCAUCCGUGCUUCAUCUAGUGGUUUCUCUUCUGGAUCUGGUGCCAUUACAUCUGGAUCUUCAAGUUCUUCAUCUUCUCAGUCAUCUGGAUUUGGAUCAAGUAGCUUCUCGGGAUCAUCAGCAUCUUCUGGAUCUUCAGCCUUCUCUGGCUCUGCAGCAUCUUCUGGCUCUGCCGCGGCUUUUGGCUCUGCCGCUGCUUCUGGCUCUGCAGCUGCUUCUGGCUCCUCCUCCAGCAGUUUUGGUGGAGCUGCAAGUAGAUCAGGCUCAACUGGGUCUUCAUCAAGUGGCUCAUCCUCUAGAUUCGCAAGCGCAUCUGGCCGUGGAGCUGAACAAGAAGAAUCCGAUAAUUCAUCUGAAGAAAGCCAGAGCUCGUCAUUUAGCAGCGUAUCCUCAAGUUCUGGAUCCUCUGGUUCAUUCGGUGGAUUCUCCUCUGCGUCAGGCCAACGAAGAUCAUCAUCUAGCAGCUUCUCCUCAGGAUCUACCAGCGGAGGAUCAGCAUUUGGCAGUCAAUCGUCAGCUGGUGCGUCUCUCUCACGCUCUGUUUCAGUCAAAUCCCCUCAACGAGUGUCAAGUGUGAUCUCACACUUCACUCCCGCUGAACAUAUUUAUGAAGCAACUGGAAGCGUUAAUAUCGACUCUUCAAGACGGGCAUCCAGUGGCCCCGCGAGGUCUGUCUUUGUGUCCACGGCACCUGCACAGCCUGCCCUUGUCUCCUUCAGCAAACCAGCCGUUUCAACUGCUGGGUCAUCUCAGUUGGCACUUUCCCGUACGGUCUCUGUCAGAACGCCCGAAAGAGCUUCCAAUGUUAUAUCACAUUUUACUCCUGCUGACCACAGAUACGAGGCCACCGGAUCUGUCACAAUCAACAGAGCGCCUAAAGUCCAGGCUUCCUCUAGUGUGGCCCAAGUCCGCGCUGUACCUGCUCCAGCACCUGCCAGACCAGUUUCUGUAGCCCCGAAACCUUCUGCGUCUCAACUGGCGCUCACUCGCACCGUCUCCGUCAAGACCCCGGAGAGAGCCUCCAGUGUUAUCUCUCACUUCCUUCCCGCGGACCACAGGUACGAGGCCACUGGAUCCGUCAGCAUUAGCAGAGGCUCCUCGUCAGCUCAAGCUUCUUCAGCAAAUCGUGGUGUCUCAAGCGCACCAAGCGCCCCAGCUUCACCCGCACCACGUACCCUACCUCAGGCGGUUCCAGCUCGUGGGUACGGUCCUCCUGCCGCCCAAGCUGCUCCACGUACCCCUUCUGCGUCACCCUCCCAGUUGGCUCUCACUCGCACAGUCUCUGUCAAGACCCCGGAGAGAGCCUCCAAUGUUAUCUCUCACUUUACUCCAGCAGACCACAAGUACGAAGCCACUGGAUCCGUCACCAUCAACAGGUCAUCGGCUUAAACAAUUCAUUUGCGUCACUUAAACGAGUGACAGCCUUUUCCAGCGGAAAGUUUCACUACCAGUAGCUUAGAAAAUUAUAGUUAUACGCAAAUAUUUAAAUAUAUGUGAAUAAUUUUCAGGGAAGCUCACUAAUAUUUAGGUAACACCGGAAACCAUUCCCAACUCCACGAGCUGCAAUUAAAAGUAUCUUUCUUAGUAAUUUAGCUGUUAAUUGUACGAUCCGUCGUAGUCUCAAUUAUCCCUAACAAACAGCUAGGAUUUUAGUGAUUUUCCUUCGACUUUUCUUCCUGAUUUUCCUCACUCUGCGACAUGUCUUACAUUGCACUAACUAUACUGUGUGGGCUUGGUGGUGUGGGUAACGUAACCUGAAUUUCUUCUUAAUUUUCCUGUAAACAUUGAUGAUCUGUUAAUCCAUUAAUUCCUUUGAUCUGACUGUAGCUUGAUUCAACAUUUGAGAUGCUCAUGAAGUCAUUGUACGAAUGACUGACAGACUACGAAUCCGUGACGUCAUAUUCAUUAUUUAUAGAGUGACAUCUCUCAUAGGGUAAAUAUUUAUUUAUUGUACAAUUCUCUUUCUCACGUAAUACGAUAAAGUGAUAAUAAAAGAUGAAGAAAG